AUGCAUCACUGUAAGAGGUACCGGUCCCCGGAGCAGCAGGAGAGCUACCUGGGCCACAGGUGGAAGAGGAAGAGGUCUCGCAGCAGGGACUACGAGGGGAGGCUGCGCUGCCCACCCCGGAGGGAUCUCUCCAGGCGAUCGCGAUCGAGAAGCCAUGACAGGAUGCCUUAUCACAGGAGAUACAGACGGGACAGCGACGCCUACAGAUUUGAAGACCGAAGCCCGUCUUUUGGAGAGGACUAUUACUCGACCCGCUCGCGGAACUGGCGGCGAUCCAGAGGCAGAGAGCAGCACCGUCCGAAGAAGCACCAGCAUCACUGCCGGAAACGCAGGACCAGGUCUUGUAGCAGUGCCUCCUCGAGAAGCCAACAGAGCAGUAAGCGCAGCAGGAGCGUGGAAGAUGACAAGGAAGGCCACCUGGUGUGCAGGAUCGGCGAUUGGCUUCAAGAGCGAUAUGAAAUUGUCGGCAGCCUUGGCGAAGGCACUUUUGGCAAAGUGGUGGAGUGCGUGGACCAUGCCAGAGGCAAAUCUCAGGUGGCGCUGAAAAUCAUAAAAAAUGUUGGAAAAUACCGAGAAGCAGCCAGGCUGGAAAUUAACGUCCUGAAAAAAAUCAAAGAGAAGGACAAGGAGAACAAAUUCUUGUGCGUCCUGAUGUCAGACUGGUUCAACUUCCACGGCCACAUGUGCAUCGCCUUUGAGCUUCUGGGCAAGAACACUUUCGAGUUCCUGAAGGAGAAUAACUUCCAGCCAUACCCUCUCCCUCAGAUCCGGCACAUGGCCUACCAGCUCUGCCACGCCUUGAGAUUUCUCCACGACAACCAGCUGACUCACACUGACCUCAAGCCAGAAAACAUCUUGUUUGUCAACUCAGAUUUUGACACUCUGUACAACGAGAAAAAGAGCUGUGAGGAGAAAUCCGUUCGGAACACGAGCAUUCGUGUGGCAGACUUUGGAAGCGCCACCUUCGAUCACGAGCACCACACCACUAUCGUGGCUACCCGGCACUACCGUCCACCAGAAGUGAUUCUGGAGCUGGGCUGGGCACAGCCAUGCGAUGUCUGGAGUACCGGCUGCAUUCUGUUUGAGUAUUACCGUGGCUUCACGCUCUUNCAGACCCAUGAGAAUCGUGAGCAUCUUGUCAUGAUGGAAAAAAUCCUCGGGCCAAUUCCAUCUCACAUGAUCCACAAAACUCGGAAGCAGAAAUAUUUCCACAAUGGGAACCUGGUAUGGGACGAGAACACGUCCGACGGGAGAUACGUCCAAGAGAACUGCAAGCCCCUGCGGACGUACAUGCUGCACGACUCGCUGGAGCACGCACAGCUCUUUGACUUGAUGAGGAGGAUGUUAGAAUUCGACCCUUCCCGGAGGAUCACGUUCUCGGAAGCCCUCCUGCAUCCCUUCUUUGCUGGCCUCUCUGCAGAGGAGAGGAUGCUGUGCGGCCGAGGUGCCAGCCGGGACCUGAGCAGAUGACAGCUGGGGAGGGUGCGAUGCCUGCUGGAUUUGUACAUACGGGAUCGGUCUAGCCUCUGCAGUUCAGCCCCACUCGCUCUCUUUUCUCAGAGUUCAGAGGGGCUGGGGCACUGCGACAAGGACCCUGGGUAGGGGAGGGGAAGAAAAGCUACAUUGGAAAGCACAGAUUUGUCUAUUUAUAUGUUGUAAAGUUAAAAUAAAGUGUUUCUUAUUGUUUGAUACUUCCCUUGUAGGCAGGUGUAGGGUUCUCUUGCUCCCAGCUUUGCCUUUUCUGCAAAGGAAGACGGAGAUGUUGAAAAAUUAACUGGAAACUAAGCAGAAAAACUUUGCUUCACUGGAGGGCAAAAAACUCUCCCUGGUCUCUGCCCUUGCUCCUCUUGAACAGUGCAGAGCAGCGGGAAGACUUGCUCCAGCUGUGGUGUCAGGCUCUAGAAUGAUAGCAGACAAAUAAAUAGCUGCACACAAAUAGCACACAUGAAUAGUUGCACUUUAUUUCAGGGCAUCCCCCAGUAGCGGCAGGAAUUAGUCGUUACAAACAUUAGGUCACAAAUGGAAUAUCAAGCAGUGACGCGGUGCAGUGAUCUUCACGUGUUAGUGACCAGAGCAGCACUCGCAGGCAGUUCCUAUGAUGGUGGUUAAGGGCGUGGGUCAAAACUAUCUCAAACACAGAUAAAAAAAAAAAAAAAGUGUCCCAUUCUUUGAAUUAACUCUGGCAACGUGGGGGAAGGGGGAGAAGAAGGGACCCAGACCCCUUUCUGGGUCUCGAGUGCUCCAGAAGAGCUCACCACCUGCACACAAGAUGCAUUUCAUGUGGGUGAGGCCAGUACUUCCUCAAGUAAGCCUCUGUAUCCGAGGGAAAGUACAGCCAAACACCCAAAUCUGUUCUCAGUCUCCAGAAAGUGAGCACCCUGUGAAGUUUAACUGUGCCAAACGCAGCCCACAGCUGCCUGCUUGUGCCCUGAACACUGCACGGGUAGGGAUUGGGAAUCCCUUUCCUAUCGUGAGGGUUUGCACCCUCCUGUCGUGCAACACCGCUCACUUUUUUUUUUUUUUUUUUUUUUUCUUAAAUGAAAGGAACCCUAUUGCUGCGCGGCUGGCGACGCACGGGGCCUUCGUGCUCCCCGGAGCUACGCAGCAGCGAGUACAGACCUGAUCCCAGCUGCCAUCCCUGCAAAAACAUCCUUACCUGGUUCGGCGCCCUUCUGGGCACGUAACUUCAGCCAGCGGCACAGCAGCGUAGAGGCAGAAAAGGACCCCCUGACGAAGCCUGGCAUUAUUUCUACACUGUUACUGCGCGGUGCGUGCAAUCUACAGUUUAAUAGCCAAACCCAGAAGAGGCGAGAAAAAGCCUGCGGCCUGGUUCACAGAAAGCAGAAAUUGAAACGGCGGGUUCGCUUAUCGAGCGUCUUGAGCAAGGCAAGUGAAAAGAAGGGGGCUAAAGCUAACACUGUACUACAGCGACGACCAGGGGACGGUCAUGCACCUUUUUAACCCAGCCGCUGCUCCUCUGCCUGGCUAAAGAUUAGAUGAAGCCGAAACAGCCGAAGAAACACGAAAAGGCAGAGGGAAGCCUCACAGUUGUAUUUUAAAUAACCAGCCACAUUGCUAUCCCUUCCCAGUGCGGCCGAAUCGGGACCACAGCUUGUUAAACGCCACUACAGUUCUAGCUGAAAUGUGGUUCACCUGAGGAAUAGGUGCUGGGCACCAGCCCACGGGAGAGGAACCGCUCGAGGGCAGAGCUACACCCUGUCACAGCUCUGAGGAGCGGCCAAGCCUUCCCCGUGCGAGCGUUCGGCGUAAGCCAGCGCGGACGCGGUUCAGUCGUCCAACCCUCAGCGGGGAAAGAAGCUCAGGGGAACCAGGGGCCCAGCCACGGAGAGGGGCAGAGCCCUUCGCCCUGCUGAGGUAGAUACGGCAAGGUGCAGGCGGUUUGGCAGGGGAAGAGACCUCAGGCGGCUGCGGGGGCAAGCCCAGCGCUCACCAGCCUCCUGUCCUUUCGGGCUGGGUCUUCCCCCGUCACUCCACGCUUCCAGGCAAUAUUAAUUGCUCAACUGCUUCUUUUCAACCGGGGAAGACUCUUCCCUCCUCCUUUGAUACACUUGGCCUUUGUUCUAAGCGGAUGAAAGACAAGCGCCUGAGCUGUAAACCCCCCCCACUCCGAGCACAAGUGGGUCAAUAGGUUUGCUACCUGCUUAGCACAGCAGAGCGACAGAGCAGCUACAACAGCAGGUGACCCCCCUUCCACGCGUCCCUGCGCUUCGGCCUCAGAAGGGGUCCAGCUCCCCUGGAGAAAAGGCACCGUUUGAAGCUGUGAAGCUCUCCCAGAUGCCAGAGCAGGGUCUGUGCAAGGUACCUGCAGGAGCUCUGGGGACAGGUGAGGUACCAGAAGAGCAGCAGAGCCUCAAGCACUGCCCACACUCACGGCAUCGGGAGCAAGCAGGGAGCUGAGCGCCUCUUUGCGAGAACAGGGCCCCUGCCUUGCAUCUGCCCGGUUCCUCCGGAGGAACAAGCUCGCCCUUAACAGCACCUCCCUCAUUCACUCUAGGUUCAGCGCUUCCCUGGGUCAGCUACCGGGCGCAAAGUCUUCAGGGAGCGCUCACAGAGCCAGCACGAUGGAUUCCCGAAGCCAGCCAGCCGAUGGUUUCUCAGCUUGUCCCUGCUCUAGGCACCGCACCAAGGCUCCAUCGGGCCAACAAAAUGAACGCGGGAAAAGAUAACCCGACGCUUCCUGGCAGCGCGUGGGAAGCGAGCGCAGCACAAGCGCAGUUAGC